AUGAUAGCCCGAAACCACUCCACAGUAACUGAGUUCAUCCUUGCUGGAUUAACAGACGCACCAGAACUGCAGCUGUCUCUCUUCUUCCUCUUCCUCGGAAUCUAUGCAGUGACGAUGGUGGGGAACCUGGGCAUGAUCACUCUGAUCCUGCUCAGCUCCCACCUGCACACACCCAUGUACUUCUUCCUCAGCAGUCUGUCCUUCAUUGACCUCUGUCAUUCCACUGUCAUUACCCCCAAAAUGCUGGUGAACUUUGUGACAGUGAAGAACAUCAUCUCCUACCCUGAAUGUAUGACUCAGCUCUAUUUCUUCCUGGUUUUUGUUAUAGCAGAGUGUCACAUGUUGGCUGCAAUGGCAUAUGACCGCUAUGUUGCCAUCUGUAACCCAUUGCUUUACAAUGCUAUGAUGUCCUAUCAAAUCUGUUCCUGGAUGAUAUUUGGGGUGUAUAGCAUGGGUUUGAUUGGUGCCACAGCUCACACAGUCUGCAUGUUAAGAGUGCAUUUCUGUAAGGCUGAUGUAAUAAACCAUUACUUCUGUGACCUUUUCCCAUUACUGGAGCUCUCGUGCUCCAGCACUUUUGUCAAUGAAGUAGUAGUUCUAUGUUUUAGUGCUUUCAAUAUCCUUUUCCCCACACUAAGUAUCCUGAGCUCUUACGUCUUCAUCAUUGCCAGCAUCCUGCGCAUCCGUUCCACUGAGGGCAGGUCCAAAGCCUUCAGCACCUGCAGCUCCCACAUCUCAGCUGUUGCUGUCUUCUUUGGGUCUGCUGCAUUUAUGUACCUGCAGCCAUCAUCAGUCAGCUCCAUGGACCAAGGGAAAGUGUCUUCUGUCUUUUAUACUAUUGUUGUUCCCAUGCUUAACCCCGUGAUCUACAGCCUGAGAAAUAAGGAUGUCAAACUUGCCCUAAGGAAGUUGUAUGAAAAAAGUUUCCCAUGA